UAACGUGAACACGCCGGGGCGUCGAGCGGAAUCGUCGUCGUCGUAGUCGCAGGUGUUUCUUAUCGACCUCGGCGUCCGGUUGUGCACGCGCAGCGAUCGGACCGGAAGCACGGUAGUACGCGGUACCUACGUGUUCUACGAACCGGGCGCGAAAAGACGAACGACCGUUCAUUAACGGAUUGGCAGCAAAACGAUAAUAAUCACGCGACUUUUAUCUUGCGUUGUCACGAAUCGAGAAAAUACAAUACAUAUUAUUAUUAUGUUCGUGACCGACGACCAACAACAACAAAAACAUGGACUGCAAGCGGUGACGGUGGACGAACGUGGUGGCCAGCAGCGUCAUUCGGAAGAGUCCGCCGAACAGACGGACAUGGCCAAGACCGGUACGAGCGCCACCGAAGUGGUAAUCGUCACGGCCGCCGACGCGUUUGAAGAAAACCGCGACGGGUCUUCGUCGUCUCAAGCACGAGGGUCGUCCAUGCCCGCCGGGCAGCCCAAUUACGCGUCGGGCGCUGGCACGUUUGACGUUGUUACCGCCGACUCGUUGCAGCUUUCGGAAUCAAAUGAUUUCACACCUCUCCUGUGCAUGGAUAAUAGUUUAAACAGUGAUACACACACUCAAGUUGAUGGUGAUACAUGGCGAACUGUAGUUCAAGCCGAAGAUGGCGUUUUCAAACCUGCUCAUAUUGUACUUGGACCAGAUAACUCGACCACUAAUAAUGUUCACAACGAAGAGAACGAUCAAGGUGUAUCAUCCCCAAAUACAGUACCUUAUUCUUCAUAUACCGAUGCUGCUAAAUUGCCAGUAUUACCAGUACGAUGCAAAACCACCAACGCAGAACUGCAUAAAAAAAAAUUUGGUUCUGGCUGUCGAGGCAAGUGUAUUAAGUUUAAAAACCACUGGUACACACCUAAUGAGUUUGAAGCCCUUUGUGGGAGGGCUUCUAGUAAGGACUGGAAAAGAAGUAUACGAUUUGGUGGCCGUAGUUUGCAAACAUUAGUAUACGAUGGAGUUUUAUUACCACAUGCUAUGAGUUGUAUAUGUGCAGCCUGUUGUGAUGACGAAUCUGCUAUUGGCCCCGUACGAUUGUAUACUCCAUACAAACGAAUACAUACCAAAAAACAUUCGUCUAGUCGUUCAAAAAAGAAAAAAAUUGAAGAUUGUAUAACUCUUAGUAAUGAUGAAGAUAGUUGUGAUAGCAGUAUAGGUAUAUCAUUAGACAAUGUUGAUAUCAAUAUAAAAGAUGAAAAAUCCAUACUUCUACAGACGGGUGAUAUUUCUCAAGCUGAAAUUGUUCAAUCAAAUGAUUCAAUAGAAGAUAUGUUUAAAAAGUUAGAAAAUGUGUCAUCAAGAAUGAUUAAAAUGAUGAACCAUUUUCGUAACUCUAUGCGUGUUGCUAAGUACAAAUGGAAUAUGGAAAAACAAGAGUUGUUAGCAAAACUUAAGAGGGCCAAUGAGAAUUCUAUAGAAAAUAGGAAUGAUUUUGACGAGGAGACAAUUUCAAAUGUGGCGACAGGAUUACAGCCAAGUAAUGAUGAUAUACCAGAUGUUAAAAAGUGUGCCAAUUGCAAUAGAGGUGCAUUUGCAGAAUGUUCAUUGUGUCAACGUACACCAUAUUGCUCUACAUUUUGUCAAAGUAAAGACUGGAACAAUCAUCAAGUGGAAUGCAUCAAGGGGAACAUUAUGAUCAUUGUACAAACUCAAGAAUAAAUCAUAUUUUAGAUUCUUUAAGUUUUUUCUUAUCAGUUUUCCAAUACCUAAUAUUUUUUUUUUUUUAUGAUUAACAUAGUUUAGUUUAGUAAUUUUAACCUUUAUCAUAGAAUGUUUGUUAAAGAUAAGUGAAUGUUAUAGUUUCUCAACAAAAAAAUUUUUAAGUUACAAAGGUAUAUUCAUAUUUUUAUUUUAAAACUGAUGUAAAUACAAUAUCAA